UUUCACACACCUCAGGAACACCUCUCUGCCUGCUGCCCGCUGCCCAGACACACCUGCAGCCCUGCCCAGCCGGCUCUGCUCACCCAGAGCUUGUCAAUGUCCCAGACAUGAGCCAGCCCAGGCCCCGCUACGUGGUAGACAGAGCUGCUUACUCUCUCUCCCUCUUCGAUGACGAAUUUGAGAAAAAGGACCGCACCUACCCGGUGGGAGAGAAACUUCGCAACACUUUCAGGUGCUCCUCCACCAAGCUCAAAGCCAUUGUGUUCGGGCUGCUGCCUGUGCUCUCGUGGCUCCCCAAGUACAAGAUCAAAGACUAUAUUAUCCCUGACUUGCUGGGUGGACUCAGUGGGGGAUGCAUCCAGGUGCCACAAGGCAUGGCAUUUGCACUGCUGGCUAACCUUCCCGCCGUCAACGGCCUGUACUCAUCCUUCUUCCCCCUCCUGACCUACUUCUUCCUAGGGGGUAUACACCAGAUGGUGCCAGGUACCUUUGCCGUUAUCAGCAUCCUGGUGGGUAACAUCUGUCUGCAGCUGGCCCCAGAGUCGAAAUUCCAGAUCUUCAACAAUGCCACCAACGAGAGCUACGUGGACACAGCGGCCAUGGAGGCAGAGAGGCUGCAUGUGUCAGCAACACUUGCCUGCCUGACUGCUGUCAUCCAGAUGGCCUUAGGAUUCAUGCAGUUCGGUUUUGUUGCCAUCUACCUCUCGGAAUCCUUCAUCCGGGGCUUCAUGACGGCCGCUGGCCUACAGAUCCUGAUCUCCGUGCUCAAGUACAUCUUUGGUCUGACCAUCCCCUCCUAUACGGGGCCGGGCUCCAUCGUCUUUACCUUCAUUGACAUUUGCAAAAACCUGCCCCACACCAACAUCGCCUCACUCAUCUUCGCCCUGGUCAGCGGUGUCGUCCUGGUGCUGGUGAAGGAACUCAACGCCCGCUACAUGCACAAGAUUCACUUCCCCAUUCCUACGGAGAUGAUUGUGGUGGUAGUGGCAACAGCUAUCUCUGGGAGCUGCAAGAUGCCAAAAAAAUAUCACAUGCAGAUUGUGGGAGAGAUCCAACAAGGGUUUCCCACUCCAGUGGCACCAGUGGUUUCCCAGUGGAAGGACAUGGUGGGGACAGCCUUCUCCCUGGCGAUCGUGGGCUAUGUUAUCAAUCUGGCUAUGGGCCGGACGCUGGCCAGCAAGCACGGCUAUGAUGUGGAUUCAAACCAGGAGAUGAUCGCCCUGGGCUGUAGCAACUUCUUUGGCUCCUUUUUCAAGAUCCACGUUAUCUGCUGUGCCCUCUCUGUCACACUGGCUGUGGAUGGGGCUGGAGGAAAAUCCCAGGUGGCAAGUUUGUGUGUAUCCCUGGUGGUGAUGAUCACCAUGCUGGUCCUGGGGUCCUAUCUGUACCCUCUCCCCAAGGCUGUGCUUGGAGCCCUGAUAGCUGUCAACCUCAAGAACUCCCUCAAGCAACUCAGCGACCCCUACUACCUCUGGAGGAAGAGUAAGCUGGACUGUUGCAUCUGGGUGGUGAGCUUCCUGUCUUCUUUCUUCCUGAGUCUGCCCUACGGCGUAGCAGUGGGUGUCGCCUUCUCCAUCCUGGUUGUGGUCUUCCAGACCCAGUUCCGAAAUGGCUCCACGCUGGCUCAAGUCAUAGACACAGACAUCUACGUGAACCCCAAGACCUACAACAGGGUCCAGGAAAUUGAGGGAGUUAAGAUUGUCACUUACUGCUCCCCUCUCUACUUUGCCAACUCAGAGAUCUUCAGGCAAAAAGUCAUUGCCAAGACAGGUAUAGACCCCCAGAAAGUAUUACUCGCCAAGCAGAAAUAUCUCCGGAAGCAGGAGAAGAGGACGGUGAUGCCCACACAGCAGAGGAAGUCCCUCUUCAUGAAAACCAAGACGGUCUCCCUACAGGAACUGCAGCAGGACUUUGAAAGCGCCCCCUCUACUGACCCCAACAACAACCGAGCUCCUGCGGCCGCCGCGGAUGGCAACAUAUCUUAUAUCACCUUCAGCCCAGAUACCUCAGCAGCUCCCUCGAGUGAGCUGCCCAACUCUGCUCAGCCCCCCAGGGAGACGAGUGACACUCUAGCCAGUGUCCCACCCUUUGUCACCUUCCACACUCUCAUCCUUGACAUGAGUGGAGUCAGCUUUGUGGACUUGAUGGGCAUCAAAGCUCUAGCCAAGCUAAGUUCUACCUAUGGGAAGAUUGGAGUCCAGAUCUUCCUGGUGAACAUCCACGCCCAGGUGUACAAUGACAUCAACCACGGAGGUGUCUUUGAAGAUGGGUGUGUACAGCGCAAUCACGUGUUCCCCAGCAUCCACGAUGCAGUCCUCUUUGCCCAGGCGGAUGCUAGAGAAAACCCAGCCCGCAGCUUCCAAGAGGCUCCCGGGGAUGCUGAGUUCUCCUUGUAUGAUUCCGAAGAGGAAGGUCCCUGCUACUGGGAUUUAGAGCAGGAGAUGUUCGGGAGCAUGUUUGACACAGAGACCCUGACUGCCCUGUGA